AUGUCCCGUGGUGAGAGAUCGCAAGGAAAAAAGAAGGUGAAAAAUGGAGGAGAAUCAGAAGAAGAAGAGCAGAGUGCUGGUGAUCGGAGCAACUGGAAGAUUGGGACAAUGUUUGAUCCGAUUCAGCGUCGAAUCGGGUCACCCGACAUUUGCCCUAAUCAGAGAUUCCACUUUCUCCGAUCUCUCCAAUUCGGCGAAGAUCCGUUCUCUCUCCGAUGCUGGUGCCACUCUCCUCAAGGGUUCAUUGGAGGAUGAGGCAAGUUUGGAAGAAGCGGUGAAGAAGGUGGAUGUGGUGAUAUGUGCAAUCCCAUCAAAACAUGUUCUUCAGCAGAAGCUCCUCAUCAAAGUCAUCGAACAAGCUGCUUCCAUCAAGAGGUUUGUUCCAUCGGAAUUUGGGGCCGACGCAGAUAAGAUCCAGAUAUCGGGUUUGGACAACGGUUUCUAUGCUAAAAAAGCUGAGAUCAGGCGGCUGAUAGAAUCAAAGGGCAUUCCUCAUACCUAUAUUUGCUGCGGAUUCUUCAUGAGGAUCCUACUUCCUUCGCUGGUUCAACCAGGCCUCGACUCUCCUCCUACUGAUAAAGUCACAAUUUUCGGAGACGGAAACACAACAGGAAUUUUCGUGAAGGACGUUGAUGUAGCGGCAUUUACAAUAAGCACGAUCGACGAUCCUCGGACACUGAACAAAACACUGUACCUCAGACCGCCCGGAAACGUUUGCUCCCUCCACAACCUCGUCGACUUGUGGGAGCACAAGAUCGGGAAGAAGUUAAACAAGACUUAUGUUCCUGAAGACAAACUUCUGGCGAUUAUCAAAGGAACGCCAUAUCCGGAAAACAUGGAUCACGUGUUCAUAUAUUCGGUCUUUGUCAAAGGAGAUCACACCUACUUCGACAUCGAGUCUUCAGGCGGAGUGAAUGGUACGGAGCUUUACCCUAGCGUCAGAUACACAACUGUUUCCGAGUUUCUAGACUCUCUUCUGUAAUACAGAGCUGCGGACCUGCAAUAUCAAUCUCUUUGAUAUAAUACCUGCUCAUGUUAACCAUAAUGUUUUAUCGAAUUGAACUGUAUCACCUCUGAGAACAUGGGACUUGUUAAGCGAUAAGAUGCUUACAUCCAAGGGAAAAUAAAUGGAAUGGCUUUGUGUAGUA